AUGUUGUUUUAUAGAUAUUUAAUAGCAGUCGUUUCCUCACUUUUGAUUGGAACCAUCAAACCCACUGAUGCAAUUAAAUGUCACCCAUACUAUAGAGUAUGUGUCCAAAAUUGCAAAGUUAAACACGGAGGCAAUAUUUUCCUUAAAAAUAUGUGCGUAGGAGGGUGUAAGUUUAGCCAGUGUGUUAUAAAAAGGACUGAUGACAACCUAUCGUUGGAGCGUUAA